UUGUACCGGGGAGUGACACCGAUCGUAGCAACAAUAGCCAUCUCCAAUUUCAUUUUCUUUUACGUCAACGAGUUGAUGAAACGACUAAUGGUAUCACCCAACACAUCGCGAACGAGUAGCCAACAGCGCCUGCGGUUACUCAUAGCAUCCUGUAUGGCUGGUGUUGUCAACGUCCUAUUGACGAAUCCGCUGUGGGUUACGAAUUUGCGCAUUGUUGCCGGGGAUACGUUCUCCGAGUCCCUCUUGGUCGAGUUGUACAAUGCGGUGAAAAAUCAUGGCCUCGCUCAUUUGUGGAAAGGAACGAGCACCUCAAUUCUUCUCGUUUCCAACCCGGUUAUUCAGUUUUUCGUCUACGAACAGCUCAAAAACCGCCGCGUUGCAUCCCGACGGCUAGGUGAUAACUUGACAGCACUAGAAGCAUUUUGGACGGGUGCUGUAGCGAAAACGAUUGCCACCAUCACGACGUAUCCGUUGCAGCUCACACAGGCUGUUUUGCGUAUGCAAGGACAAAUUGACGGUGUCAUCGCCGCCGAAAGCACGCCCCCCAAUGACCAUGGACGUACAAUAAUUGCAGCUCCACGGUAUCUUGGAACUUGGGACUGUAUAGUCAAGUUGUACCGACGGGGUGGAGUCGAGGGGAUUUUCACUGGUAUGCGAGCAAAGAUGCUGCAAACUGUCUUAACGGCCUCGUUUACCUUUUUAACAUAUGAGCAAAUCCUG